AGAGGUCUCCACCGAGCUGCGGAGAGAGGAUCUGCCUGGCUGCGCCGGGCCCUCUUCCUUCCUUUGUGCAUCCCCCCGCCCCGUACAAGCCGAGCCCCCCCGCCCCUCCGGCUACGUCCCCAUUUAAUCCCCAUCUCCUGGAGCCUCCCCCGGCCCCGGCGGCAGCAGAAGCCUCCCUCGGAGAAGGCAGAGCCCCGCAGCGGGCAGGAGCCGGUUGCCACGUCGUACCACCCGCUUCCCGGCCCGCCCGGGGCACCGAGGCCGCAUCCCUGCCUCCAUCCCCGCUGCCGGCGGCGGUGGGGCCCCCUCGGCGCAUGCUGCUCGCCUCCCCCGGCCGCUGCUGCUAAAUGCUGAGCGCCGACAGGAUGGAGGAGUUUCAGAGCGAGGAAGAGGAGCCCUGGUACGACCAGCAGGACCUGGAGCAGGACUUGCACUUGGCUGCUGAGCUGGGGAAGACACUGCUGGAGCGCAACAAGGAGCUGGAGGAGUCCCUGCAGCAGAUGUAUGCCACCAAUGAAGAGCAAGUCCAGGAAAUCGAGUACCUGACCAAGCAGCUUGAGAUGCUACGGCAGAUGAACGAGCAGCAUGCCAAAGUCUAUGAGCAGCUAGACCUGACGGCACGGGACCUGGAGCUGGCAAAUCAGAAGCUCGUGCUGGAAAGCAAGACAUCUCAACAGAAGAUACAAUGCUUGACAGAAACGAUCGAGGGGCUGCAGAACCAGGUGGAGGAGCUGCAGAAGCAGGUGGAGGAGAUGCGGAGCUUGGAGCAGCUCCGCAUACGACGAGAGAAGAGGGAGCGGCGCCGAACCAUCCACACCUUCCCCUGCCUGAAGGAGCUGUGCUCCAGCCCCAGGUAUGAAGACGCAUUCCAGGUCCACAACUCCUCAACAGAGUUCAACCAGAAGCCACUGGAGCAGGAGAACGAGCGCCUCCAAGCCAUGGUGGACUCCUUGAGGUCCCAGGUGAACCAGGAGAAGCAGCGGAAGGAGCGGGUUGAGCGGGAGUACAGCUCCGUGAUUCAGGAGUACUCGGACCUCGAGCAGCGCGUGUGUGAGAUGGAGCACUGCAAGCUGCGCAUCAAGGAGCUGGAGGCAGAGCUCCUGGAGCUGCAGCAGAUGAAACAAGUCAAGAAGUAUCUGCUCAGCAGGGAAGACAACCUGUCCGAGGCCCUCCUGGAGCCACUGAAUAAUGCCCCAGAAGCAGAUUACAUUGACCUCUCAGAGGAAGAGGGAGGGAAAAGUCACGGGCCCUCAAUGACACCUUCCCCAAACCACCCCGUCCGGAAGAGCUGCAGUGACACAGCUCUCAACGCCAUUGUCACCAAGGAUGCUGUGAGCCGGCACGAGGGCAAUUACACACUGCAUGCCAACAAUGUGCGCAAACGGGGUAUGUCCAUCCUGAGGGAGGUGGACGAGCAGUAUCAUGCCCUGCUGGAGAAGUAUGAGGAGCUCCUGAGUAAAUGCCGGCAGCACAAGGACAGCGUGCGUCACGCAGGGGUGCAGACCUCCCGCCCUAUUUCUCGUGACAGCUCCUUUAGAGACUUCCGGGGAGAAGGGUUUGAGUUGGAAGAGCGGAAAUCCAUGGAGAAGACCAUCAGCAAACACGUGGAGGCCGUGGACAAGCGGCUGGAGCAGAGUCAGCCCGAGUACAAGGCUCUUUUUAAGGAGAUCUUCUCCCGCAUCCAGAAAACAAAAGCAGACAUCAAUGCCACAAAGGUGAAAAACAAGAGCAGCAAAUGAGCCCUGCCCCUCUGCGAUCCCCGCGUGCUAUCCCAACAGCCAAGUCUUCUCUUCAGCUCCAGGAAACAUCACCAGCCCCACUGCUUUGAAGGCUUGAGAGGCCUCAUGUUGUGUUCUCGUAUGGGAAGGGAGUGUCCAUGGUGUAAUUGCAAGGAAAUGUCACAUAGACUCAGUUCACGUUUUUAAGCUUGGGCUCUGGUGACUUGUUGGACAAAUUGUACAUUGUAGUUAGAGGAUUUCAGAAUCUGUAUGAUGGAUCUCUGCAUGAGCCAGACAUCUCAACAGCAACAGAAACCACACCACAAAGAACUGUUCACCUCCUCCACCCUUUUCAGCUUGUCUUACAGUCCAGUUACCUGUGAGCAAAAGCCUGGAUGUCCUCCAGCACUGCAGCAGCUGGAGUGCGGCUUCACAGCAAAGCAGUAAAAGCCAUCAGAACUUCAGGGGCUGCUUGAGAACACCAGCCCAAGCCUUCACGUUGGUUUUAUGGCUAAGAACCUACUCUUGUACCCAAGAGACCCACUCCCACCUUCCCCCUUCACCAAAGGGCAGUACGUUCUUGCUGUUCAAGCCAUUCUCUUGUCAGUCAGGUUUUUCAGCUAUUUACAAUGCAAGCUCAUUGCAACUGGAAAAACUUGAAGAGAAACAUAGAACUGAUCGUUCUGUCUUCAUCGAUGUCACUUAGUAACUCACUCCAUACCCUCCAGACUUUGUAGGCAUAUGGGAUUUCCUCGCUUUAAAUCUCUCCCAGUAUUUCAGCCCAGGUGACUUGCUGUGCCUGGCAGAAACUUGAUGACCAGGGCUUUCCCAUAAGCUAGAUAAGAAGUGCUGUUACAGUUUCAGAGACAUGCUUUCACCUCACUGUCCGGGUAGCAGCCCUCUGCACUGUGCUAUCCAACAGGACAUCAUUGCCUCCAUUGCAGCAUGCUCCUUCAAUACAGCUUGCAUGGGCUUGCAAAGCUACCUAGCAGUGACUCAUGUGCAAGUAGAAGGAUAAAGCACCACACUCGUACAGCAUUGGGACCACUGGACCCAACAGUGCUGAUCACACAUUGCCCUAUGCUUUUGCUCUAAGUUCCCAGUCAAGAGGACAGAUUUCAGUCUUCUGUUGAAAAUAAUCUAUCUUGGCUGAGAUACCAUCUCCAAAGGUCAUCACCUCUUAUGUUCCAGCUCACUUUCCAGCACUGAAAUCUCUUCACUUUUGCUUCCGCAGACAUGCAAACACAGCCCAAUGGCCACUGCAGUCUCAGGAAUCACCACUUUCCAUUUUUCAUAAACUAGAAGUUGACCUUGUUUGGACAGACACAUGUUUUAGGCAGAGAAGCAGUAUUUCAUUACAGCUUAGGCAACACCCUGAGCACUGUGCCACAAGAAAUGAGCAGUUCAGUGUAAGCUACCUAUUCUGUGCUGGCCUGGAGAAACUGUAGGCCAAAUUUGGAUUCUGCUUUCACCAGCUUACAUCCCAAAAAUUUGGGUAAAUAGUUGGGAUUUUUGCAACAUUUAUUUAUGUCAGUCUGAAUUUGGCUUUGGAGGGAGAAGACUGUUAAAACUUAACUAUCCUCUAAGUCUUGAGCCUUGACACUAUGAAGAGCUACCUUUCUUUCACUCACAAUGGAAUUAAUGCAAAAAAUAUCCCCUCCGUCCUUCAUCUUUCGUUAAGCUGAGUACCACUGAGGUCAGUCGGCAGGGCGCAGUGCCCAAACCCACCUGCUCCAGAAGCCUUCUCCUCUACUCCUCACCACCAAACACCCCUUGCUUCCAAGCUCUGCAUCUUCAGGUGCCCUAUGGCCCCUGGCUCAAGAAAAUUAGGAGCCAUCAGCACGACUGUGGCUACCAGCUCUAUAACAGUAUGGAGAACCUUCAUGCCUUAUUUAUUUAUAAUGGAAAGCAGUUGACUAAAAAUAAAUAAACAAAAUGAACAAUGGCAACAAAA